GUUAAAACUUGUUGGAAGGGGAUGGCUCUUCCAAGUCUUUCUGUCUCGAGCCUAGUGAGCUGAGGCUUGAAGUUGAGCAAUCAGUACGUUGGAAAACCAUCUUGUAUGGUGGCAGUGGAGCCCGGUUGCCCCUAGGACCUGAGGGAGCAACUAGGUAUGGACGCCGCUGCCGCCCGUACGGUGUGCGAUCGUCUCAGCGUGGCACCUGACGUCGAGGAGAAGCUGCCCUGGAAGUUGAGAAGCGGGGAGGAAGGCGCGACGCAAGACGAGAAGCGGGCGCACUUGCAGGGCCUGCUCGAGCGGGACGCUGCGCUUUUUCUUGAGAAGUAUGGAGAAAGCCUGAGCGGCGAUGAGCUGUUGCAGUUUGAGGGUCUGAAAGGUGAUUACGAAGUCAAUUGGCACCUCAACCGGCUGAAUGACAGUCUGAGCCCCAGCCCCCAGCGGGAGAAGGCGCGCGCAGCGCAGGUGAAGAAUCGCAGGCUAGCCUACAUGCAGCGCCUGGAAGAUGAGGGCACCUACUUCUCCGAGGACGCCAUGCGCGAGCGCGCCCCCCUUCUCCACGAGCAGUUCAUGGGUCCCCAAACUGACGCCAGUGAAACUAGGAGUGGGAGGCAGCCCGUCGUUCCGCGCCCAGGCGAGGGCCUCUCGGAGCUCAUCAUUCGGCAGGCCAAAGAGGACCACAUCGCGGCGCGGCUCAAGCAGGAGCGGCAGGACUUUGAGAAGCAGGCCGCCACGUUGCAACAAGAUCUAGACGACGCAGCCGCAGCGUCAGGCCUACACAAUGGAAACCAGGCAGAAAGAGAGGAAGAAGCAAACGUGGCAGACUCACCCGGAGAUAAGCAAGUGGAACCUGUUGCGAUGCCCAGUUUGGAAAGCCCUCCAAGUCGAGGCCCGAGCACCGGCGCAAAAGCUCGCGGCGGUGUGCAUCAAAAGACGGGCCAGCUACGGUUUGGCACCAUUUCCGGGGCUUCGGUUGCAGGUGCGGCGGUGACGGUCGGGCCAACGGAUGCUCAGCCUGCGGGAAGCACCCUGGGGGUGAACGAAGUGGGAAAAGGCAUCAGUCUGCUGACGUCAGACGAGCCCAUGCGGGCAGCGGUCGAAUCGAACGAGGCGAUAGCCGGGUCAAGCGGGGAGCAUGAUCCGAGCAGUUCUUUUGCCGGCGGCGGCGGCAACAGACGGGAGCCGUCUAAUGGGGCGAGCCGGGUGAGUGGAGGUCCCGCGAAUGCGAACGGGCACAGUGUGAACGGGCACAGUGUGAACGCCCGUAGCGUGAAUGGGCGCAGUGUGAGCGGCAGCGGAGAGGCUGAAGAGGAAGUGUCGCACGCUCGCUUUGGCGAGUUCACCACCCCCGAGCCCGUCAGCGCGUCGCGCAUCGCGAGUCAGGUCGUGCGCAGCGUUCUGGAGAGCGCGGGCGCGGGCGCCGGGUCACGGCACCCCGUCACCCGUUACGGGGAAGUCCGAGACGGGCCGUUUAGCGGGAGCGCGGAUGCGCGGACGCGUGCCGGGGCGUCGGACCGUGCGUCGCGGAAUGUUCAACAACUAGGCGCGGGGGCGGUUCCCAGUUUAGAACAGCGUGCGCAGGCAGCAGCGGAGCUUCCUCCGGACGCGGAGGAACGGGGAGGUGCAGCGGUCGGGAGCAGUGGCGGUGCGGGGCUACGAGAUGGCGGCAGGGGGAUAGGAGAUGGAGGCGAUGAGGAGAUGGACACGGACGAGGAGGAGCUGGGCAGCCGGACUCAUACGGGCAUGUCAGAGCUGGGUGGGGACACACUCGAUGUGGACUCUGGCCCGAAGGGGCAGAUCGACGACUUCCGGCGGAUAAUGCGGGAGCGGUUCCUGGAGGGCCAGGACGGAGAACACGUGGACUACCGGGCGGUUGACAGCGAUGCGAAGCUCGACGACGACUGGCUGGGGCAAGUGGACCGGGACGCGCAGGAGAAGUACUUUGAUGAGGACUGAGCUUGCAUGAGGACUGAGCUUGCCUCUUAAUGGCGAGGGCGAGAGCCGUGUAAAUGUAUAUAGAUGGUCGACAGUUUGAGCGAGUGGCCCAGGCAGAAACGUGGUCGGUUGUUCAGGUGGCUGCUGGCAGCGCAAAUCAGUAAAGGUCGUGGGCACUCAGUGUUACAAGACAAUUGUUUAAGGAGUCCGUUCGGCGAGUGCAAGCCUGCCGACGGGGUUCACUGAAUCUCUGUCAUGGAUCACUUGCAGAGUGCAUGCAGUCGGUUCUGUACAAAGUUGUAUUAUAUUGUAUAUAUUAU